AUGUCAUUCUCACAUCCUUUGCAUCAGGGAAAGGAACCGUUCAAGCCACGUUACUCAGUUCCAAAAGGACUCACCAGUAACACAUUCAGCAAGAGAAACGAAAAUGUUGUUCCUGACUCUGACAAAGAUGACAAGGGCAUCUCCCAUCAUUACAUCGAUAACGCUUCUACGUCAGGUAGUUCCAACGGACAAACCAAGCCCCCAAAGUACAAUCCCAAUUCCCCCUCAGAGGUCAAUACAAGCUUUUCAUCAUCAGGAAACUACGUUCUCAAUCAAGGGCUCAAAUCUGCUUUCAAAACACCAAUAAUGGAAUCGUAUCCAGGGUCGAACUGCAUGUCCAGCCUCCCUUUCCCUCCUUCUGAUUUCAAUUCGUCCUCUUAUCUGCCCGCUUCCAAAGCAGCCACAACUUCUCCCCCUAAGAAGCGUGCCCGGGCUACUCCCAAGAAGCGUGCCACAAGGGGCAAAACCCUAGACAUAUCCAAUGAUUAA